AUGCCUGUAGCGAGCGAAAGCCAUGGAUUCCAGAUAUUCCCUGGUAUCUCAGUCCAUGAGCGCUGGAGUACAUUUGAAGUGCAAGACGUCAAGGAUGAACUGACUUCAGCGGCCAACGCCUUGCAACCUAUUGUGAACAUGUCAAAGUUAAAGUUGCUGAAGCGCAUAAGGUUGCCGGACAGUAGUGACCGAUCAGCUGAGGAACGGAAGUCGCACACGCCGUCAGAUAAUGAGAGAGAAGUUGUGUAUAUUUGGCUACGCCGGGACGAACGUGCCAAACAAGUCGUGCUUACAUCAGCUGAAAAAUAUUCAUACGCGAAGGCGAUGCUAGAACCACUACUCAACCAUCUCUCCGAGUUGUCCAGUGCCGAUUUCUAUCAGCAGCUUAAAUCUUGGAAAGAGACUGUGGAAGUUGGGGUGAGCAGGAGGGAGGCUGCUACGGCUAACACUAGGGACAAUGGCGACAACGAAGUUGAUGAGGCCGAAGCUGAGCUGUACCCGUUACUAGAUUCUCCUACUGAUCUUGCUACAACUAAUCUCAUGAAUGCCCUACAAGAUACGGAAGGUGUGACAGAUGGUAGCAGCGAUGGUGAGUCCAUUCCACCAACGCAGAAAGCAGAGGUUUCUCCAGAGGAUUCAGAAGAAGUUUCGAGCGUGGAGAUAAUGCAAACCAGGAGUACCCCCCCCCCCAAACGCCUCGUUCUGCAACUUUCUGUGGACCCUAAUAAAGGUGAAGCGGGCUUGAACAAGCGGACACACCGACACCUCCGCGUUCAGACGUACUAG